AUGUCUGAGCAAUUGCGCUUCUCGGGAACCUUGACAGGCCACAAGGGAUGGGUCACAGCUGUUGCCUCUUCCUCUGAAAAUCCAGACAUGCUGCUAACAGCAUCACGAGACAAAACACUUAUCGUGUGGUCACUUGCUCGCGAUGAGCAGAGCUACGGCACUCCCAAGCGAAUUCUUCAUGGCCACAACCACUUUGUUUCGGAUGUCGCUAUCUCCUCCGAUGGAAUGUAUGCUCUGUCUUCCUCUUGGGAUCAUACUCUCAGACUCUGGGAUUUGAAUACUGGCAACACUACCCGUCGUUUUGUUGGACACACCUCAUACGUUCUAUCUGUAUCCUUCUCGGCAGACAAUAGGCAAAUUGUUAGCGGUAGCAGGGACAGGACCAUCAAGCUAUGGAACACUUUGGGUGAAUGCAAGUAUGAUAUCAAGGAGGAAGGUCACACUGAAUGUCCAAACGCGAUGAAUCCUGUCAUCGUCUCGGCGGGUUGGGACAAGGUUGUAAAGGUCAGUGUUGCCGUUUCACCCGACGGUUCUUUGGCAGCCUCAGGUGGAAAGGAUGGCAUCACCAUGCUAUGGGAUUUGAAUGACGGAAAGCACCUCUACUCUCUUGAAGCUGGAAACACUGUCCAUGCUCUUGUAUUCUCACCUAACCGAUACUGGCUUUGCGCCGCCACCGCUACAUGUGUAAAGAUUUUCGAUCUCGAAUCGAA